AUGGCUCACACUCAGGACAUUCUGGGCCAGUUGCCCCUCCUCCAGUCCUACACUCACGCCAUCCUCUGUUUCCAGCUCGCCUCCAACACCACUCCCACCAUUGACCUGGAAUCCGCCGUGCAGCGGCUGCUAACCCUGUUCCCCAUUCUGGCAGGCCAGGUCAUCAAGACGGGUGCCUCACCCACCUCGUCCGGUGCCUACCAAGUCGUCCCUUAUCCAGUUCGCAAAUUCCCCAUCAUCCGCUACGUCGACCAUCGCUCGGAUCCCCAAAUCCCCAGUUAUAACACUCUGCGAACGGCACAUUUCCCCUUCAACCAAAUGCCAAGCACCCACUUCUCCCCUCCCCACCCGGUCUUCCCCAUCCCCUAUCCAGACACUGAACCCGCCCCCGUGCUCGACAUUCAAGCCAAUAUCCUGAAUGGAGGAUUCCUACUCACCCUAGCCGCACAGCAUAACAUCAUCGACGCCAGCGGCAUCUUUCAAAUCGCCUCACUACUGGCCCGUCUCACGCGGGGCGAAUCGAUCCCAAAGGCCGAGGUCACCGAGGGCAACUUGGACCGCCGGGAUCUGAUUCCCCUGCUGGAUGACAGCCAGCCCCUCCGCUACGACUACUGCGAGUAUCUCCCUUCGUUCAUGCCGAAGAUCCCCCCUAACCUGACAGCACUGUUCCCCACCUUCCAAUGGGCUUAUUUUCACUUGUCCAGACGGGCCGUCGAGGCGAUCUACGCCGAGGCCGCCGUCGCCUCCCCAUCACACAGCACCCCUGCGCAGAUCACCCCCAAUGAUGCCCUCACGGCAUUCAUCUGGCAACGACUAACGCUUACUCGUCUCCACCACUCCCCUAGCCCGCUCGCUGCUACUGACGUCUCCAAAAUCUCCCGUGCCAUGGACCUCCGUCGCACUUUGCACCUCUCCCCAGCCUACAUGGGGCAUAUGAUUCGUACCGCUACCCUGCGUCUCCCGCUGGGCGAGAUCACCUCGCUGCCGCUGGCUACCCUGGCUGCGAAGCUUCGGGACCAAGUUGCCGAUCUACGCACGCUGGAUGCUGUGCGCGAUUACGCUACGUUUCUGGCGCGGCAGCCAGACAAGAGCAAGAUUGCCUACAGCGGAGGCGGGUUUCAGCCGGCUACGGAUUUGAGUUGCUCCAGUAUCGCCCAUGUGGACUAUGACCGGUUGAAUCUGGGAGGUGCAAUAGGACGGUGCGAGGGAGUCCGUCGCCCGGGAGGGGGAGUAUUGCCAGGCGGUUGCUAUAUCGGACCGGCGGGGGACUGGUACGGUAGUGUGGGAGAUGAGGAAUCUCGUCAAGAGACGGGAAUAGAAGUGCUAAUGUGUUUGGAUGGAUGGGAAAUGGAGGGGCUGAGAGAGGAUGAGCGGUGGAGGAAGUGGGUGGAGUAUGUUGGGUGA